UCCCUCAAAUUGUAUAGAGCCCUCAUGAUACUCUCUUGUCUUUUGCUUUUUCCAUCCACUGAAAAUGCUCUUUGCCUCUCAUCCGGCCCUUCCCUCUUUCCCCUACUCAUCACUUUAAAUGGCUUUCUUACCUAAUUCUGCCACUGUGCUGUGCAGCCCUUUCUUUCUCCCUCUUUCUCUCUCUUUCUCUCAGUAUCUAUGUCCUGCGUUUCUAGGGUUUAUAGUUUUCUUUGAACUAAUUUCAGAGAUAUAGAUUUACAUAUGUAACAGUAGCAGCCAUAAAUAAUUCUCUCCGCAACUUCAUUUUCUUAGGAGAGUGUUUCAGAGAAGAGAUCUUGUAACAGUUCACUGCACAAUUCAAGAUAUAUAGUAUGCAUGGCUUCGUCUAGUAGUUACUCAUCAUCAUCCUGCAAUUCUCCAUGUGCUGCGUGCAAGUUUUUGAGGAGAAAAUGCAUGCCGGAUUGUGUGUUCGCUCCCUACUUCCCACCGGAGGAGCCGCACAAGUUUGCCAACGUUCACAAGAUAUUUGGGGCAAGCAAUGUUAGUAAGCUUCUCAACGAAGUGCUCCCUCAUCAGAGAGAAGAUGCAGUGAACUCUCUUGCCUACGAGGCCGAGGCAAGAAUCAAAGAUCCGGUGUACGGCUGCGUUGGAGCUAUCUCAGUCCUGCAGAGGCAAGUCCUUCGACUUCAGAAGGAACUCGACGCCACUAAUGCCGAUCUCCUCCGUUAUGCCGGCGCUAGCUGUAACCGUGGAACUGGAAGAGGGUCUCAUCAUGUUGGUCAAAAUCCGGGUUUGUAUAGCUUCUCUUCUCCAUGGAGUACUACUGAUGACCCUUAUGGAGAUCAUAGAAACUAAACCAGAGAUCAUCAGCAGUUCAAGACAAGGAAAUUUGUAUAUCAAUCAUCAGUCAUAUGUUAUGUACGUGUCCAUCUCUAUGAGGAACCAGAAAUAAUGUAACAUUGAUUCACAUAUGCAGGGUUUCUCCAUAUGGUUUCAGUAGCUAAGCCCCUGUAUAAACUCCAUUCUAUGUAUAUUUAUUAUUUGGACUCUUUCUUCUCCCAAUAGUGAAGUUCGAUGAGGUCUUUCUUUAGAGU